GUCUGGGGCGGGCAGCCCGGCUAGCAGCCGCGUGCGGAUAGCGGCGCUGCAGCUCUGGCAGCGCGCACACCCCCAGGCACACGUACCUAACGCCUCCUCCCUGCGCCACCAGGAUGGAGCAGCCAUCCCAGCCCGGGACUGGCGCAAGGGGUUUCAAAUGAAACUUGGAGGAAUUUGAAGCAAGAUGAAAAAUUCUCCAGCUUGGAAACUGAUACUCAGCAAACAGUUUACAGAUGUAUCCAAGCAAGGACAGGAAUAAUGAAGAGACACAUGUGUUAGUGGCAGCCUUUUGAACCACGCAAGAAGGAAAUUAACGGUGUGGACAGGGCUGGAACCGUUGCCACGCUUGUUUGUUGGAGUAAAUGAGGAAUGGGCUUGUGAUUAUGCGGACAUUCCAGCAUGAAUCUGGUAGACCUGUGGUUAACCCGUUCCCUCUCCAUGUGUCUCCUCCUCCAAAGUUUUGUUCUUAUGAUACUGUGCUUUCAUUCUGCCAGUAUGUGUCCCAAGGGCUGUCUGUGUUCUUCCUCUGGGGGCUUAAAUGUCACCUGCAGCAAUGCAAAUCUCAAGGAAAUACCUAGAGAUCUUCCUCCUGAAACAGUCUUAUUGUAUCUGGACUCCAAUCAGAUCACGUCUAUUCCCAAUGAGAUUUUUAAGGACCUCCAUCAACUGAGAGUUCUCAACCUGUCCAAAAACGGCAUUGAGUUUAUCGAUGAGCAUGCCUUCAAAGGAGUAGCUGAAACUUUGCAGACUCUGGACUUGUCUGACAACCGGAUUCAAAGUGUGCACAAAAAUGCCUUCAAUAACCUGAAGGCCAGGGCCAGAAUUGCCAAUAACCCCUGGCACUGCGACUGUACUCUACAGCAAGUUCUGCGGAGCAUGGCGUCCAAUCACGAGACGGCCCACAACGUGAUCUGCAAGACAUCCGUGUUGGAUGAACAUGCGGGGAGGCCAUUUCUCAACGCUGCCAAUGAUGCUGACCUUUGUAACCUCCCUAAAAAAACUACCGAUUAUGCCAUGCUGGUCACCAUGUUUGGCUGGUUCACCAUGGUGAUCUCAUAUGUGGUGUAUUAUGUGAGGCAAAAUCAGGAGGAUGCCCGCAGACACCUUGAAUACUUGAAAUCCCUGCCAAGCAGGCAAAAGAAAGCGGAUGAACCCGACGACAUUAGCACUGUGGUAUAGUGUCCAAAGUGACUGGCAUUGAGAAAGAAAUCUGUGUGCAAUUGCAGUAGAAUAAGUGGUUUACUUCUCCCAUCCAUUGUAAACAUUUAAAACUUUGUAUCUGAGUUUCUUUUGAAUUAUGCCACUGUUGAACUUUUAACAGAUGUGACAACAUAACAAAUGAUUUUAGUUUAGGUGAUCCACCUCUCCAUUGUACCCCCCGUGGUAUAUCCCUGAGUCCGCUACUAUCUGAACAUUAGUUAGC